UUUUUUGUGCGUAAAUUAUGGUGCAUACAGUUUCUUUCAGUUAUGAUGAGUGUCUGCUUCGGAAUCUAGUAACGUUGGUCGCGUGUGUGUCAUUAUUUCUGUGCGCGGAAAAUGAAGAAAUCGUAAAUCAACGCAUAUUCCCCCGACUGUACCACUGUACUCAACGCCACAGAGCACCCAUCUGUGUGACUUAUCUACGCGUUCUGUGUGUCUCUACAAUCCGCAUCGUGCACAACGUCCGUGCAGCUUUCACGGCGCGCCGGUCUUGUUGCCUUGGGCCUAAAUAUGAUUUGUGGACUUGAUCAUACGAAGGGACAAUGAUAUUGCCAAGUUUCCGUGGUUGGUACCGACUUAUUCCGGUCGCCGUAACGAUAAUUGCUUGGCUCGUGUCUGGGCAAACGAUAUUCGACUAUGCUCGUCACCUGACGCAUCAGGCCGAACGUUACUUGGAUGAUAUAAAGUUCGGAAUAAAGGCAAUCAGAAACGGACUAAACACCGUCGAAGAUGUUUUGAAAGACUCAAAAGAGCCUAGCUGUGCGUACAAGUGCCCUGACGGAUCAUUGCCAAAACCAAAGAUUGGUUACAGAGCUGACUCCAAUGGCUGUGGUGCUUAUGGCUUCCAGAUGGAAGCAAAGGAACUUCCACACAAGGAAAUGAACUCAUGUUGCCACAAGCAUGACCUCUGCUAUGGCACCUGCCUGGCUGACAAAGAUGAGUGUGAUGCAAGGUUUCUGAGCUGUCUAGACAUAGUCUGUGAUAAGAAGGCCGGGAGGAGUCACAAGGACAGGAACUCUCAAGGUUGCAAAGCAGCAGCGCGUGCAUUCUACACAGGAAGUCAAUACCUUGGCUGCAAGGCAUACAAGGAUGCCCAAAAACAGGCCUGCUAUUGUGCCAAGAAGCAUGAGCUGUAAUCUGUACGCAUGCCUUCUCUCUUGUAUGAUGCAGAUGUAUGGCAUUUCUAGUUACCUUGGCUAGAUCUACUAUUUGCCUUCCUUUCUCUACACGCUCCUUUUUCUUUUAAACUUGUAAGUCUUUCACAGGGAUAUAUAAGAGUUUCAACUCACGGCUGUGUACAUUCGUGAUGGAUAAAGGCUGGUACACACCGGCGACUAGCAGCGGUUGCGCGACCAUUUGCGACUGGUUGAAAACAGUCGCGAACGGUCUCAAAGCGACUGCUUUGGCUAGUCGCUUCCUGACCGAUUUUUCAGUUGCGCGACUGCGGUCGCAAAGCUACUGGAAGCAAUCAGCAAUGCUCAAUUUUUGUUUGUUUUUUUUAUUGCACUGAUGAGAACGAAUAAGAACAAGAAAUGCGGCGCGCUUGGCUUGCUCCGCUCACUCAGCUGGCGGCGAUCAGCUGAUCAGCGCCGGUCUCCAGAGUUCUCACUGAUAACGAGAUCCGGACGUGACUCUCCGCUACUGCGACUUCCGGUCGCUCGCAUGCAGCCUCUGCCGAUGUGAACAUCAGCCGCUUUUUGGUCACCAGUCACAAAUGGUCGCGCGACCGCUGCUAGUCGCUUGUGUGCACCAGCUUUAAGAGCACACGUUUAUGUGGCAUUUAGUUUUAUACAUUGUAUGCUGCCAUGUUUAGCAGCUUGAACUUUUUUUUUCCUUUGCUGCUUUUCUUUUCAUAUGGUAGCUGUGUUCGUUGUGAAAUAAAUGUACUGCUAUUGUGCUUAAAGCAGUGUUCCUUCAUGGUGAUCCACUAGAUCUGCAUUGUUCAUACUGUAGUUGCAGCUAUUGUGCUCUGUUAAAAGCAUGCAGAAAGUAUGUUUUAGACACAAGAAAUAAAAUAUUAUUGUGAAACGUU